UUCUGAAUCCACCAAAGAUCCAUUGGUUUUGUGAGUAUGUAAUCCUCUCCCCUACUAUGUCCUUUUCCUACUCCCAGAAUUAGCAGUUACUUAGUACAAUUCCCAGAAUGCAUUGCUUUCCCUCAGCUUUCUCACACCUUCCCACCCUGCCUACUCCCCUCCCAUAGCACUACUGCCAGUUCCCUGCCCAAAGCUGUCGCAGAACAUCUCAUUUCACAGCAGACUACUGCACAAUCAGUGAGGCUGCAGCACCCACUAUAUUCAUUUUCUGUCUGCUCCUCUGUCUGUGGCAUUGCUCAGCAUAAGGCAGCAUGCUGUGACCACAUCUCGUUCUUCUCUAAAUGUCCUGAUAGAUAUAUAUGUAUAUGACAGGGAGAUUGGGAUGUAGGCUGGAGGGGCUGGUCAGUGAUCGUGACAUCACUCAGGGGGUGGGGGUAGAGCUCAGGGAGCUGCUGAGACAACGCCCCACUGACAAUGAGAGGAAUACACAACUUUGUGUCAGGAAAACAAAGGAGUUCGGGAGCUGCUGAGACAACACCACACUGAUGAUGAGAGGAUUACACAACUUUCUUUUAGGAGAGAGGGAGGAGCUGAGGACAUGCUGAGACAACACCACACGGACAAUAAGAGGACUACACAACUUCCUGUUGGGUUCAUUAGCCAGUGAGGAGGCCCGACUGAUAGAGGAUCUCUUCUCCAACUACGAUAAACAAUCCCGUCCAGUAAAGUCCAUCAAGGACAUCAUCGAAGUAAAGCUAAAACUAACAUUGACCAACCUCAUCUCCCUGAAAGAACGAGAAGAGACUCUGACGACAAAUGUGUGGAUAUUAAUUACAUGGGACGAUUACCGGCUGACAUGGAAUGAAUCCGACUACGGUGGUAUCGACAUUGUACGCGUUCCACAUCACAUGGUAUGGCUUCCGGAUAUAGUCAUGGAGAAUAACAUCGACGGUCAGUUUGAAGUGGCCUACUAUGCCAAUGUACUUGUGUACAGCUCCGGAUAUAUGUAUUGGCUGCCUCCGGCCAUCUUCAGGAGUACCUGCAGCGUUGAUGUAACUUACUUCCCAUUCGACUGGCAGAAUUGCUCACUGGUGUUUAGAUCUAAAACCUACAAUUCUAAGGAGGUUGACCUGCAGUUGGCUCUUGAUGAUGACACGCAGAAGAUGAUAGAAUGGGUGGACAUUGACCCAGAGGCAUUUACAGAGAAUGGAGAGUGGGCAAUAAGGCACCGGCCUGCAAAGAAGGUUAUAAACAAGGCGUAUACCCCAGAAGACCUGGAUUACCAGCAGAUAAGCUUCUACUUGAUCAUCCAGCGAAAACCCUUGUUCUACAUCAUCAACGUCAUUGUGCCGUGUGUCCUGAUUUCAUCUCUGGCCGUAUUGGUGUACUUCCUUCCAGCCAAAGCUGGUGGUCAGAAGUGUACGGUGUCCAUCUCAGUCCUCCUGGCCCAGACUGUGUUCCUGUUCCUUAUCGCUCAGAGUGUCCCAGAGACGUCACUUAGUGUCCCACUCAUCGGCAAAUAUUUGAUCUUUGUUAUGCUUGUAUCAACGCUCAUCGUCCUCAGCUGCGUCAUCGUCCUUAAUGUAUCUCUACGGACGCCGAGUACCCACAACCUGACUGCCAGUGUGAGACAUAUGCUUCUGGAGAUGCUACCACGUUACCUACACAUGGAGAUAGCUCCAUCUGAAGAGGUGGACACACCACGAGAGAGAAGGAGAAGCUCACUAGGAAUUAUGUUAAAGGCUGAAGAGUAUAUUCUGAAGAAACCCAGAAGCGAGUUGAUGUUUGAAAGGCAGAGAGACAGACACGGGAUAACCAAGGACCACAAAGCUAACCCUUUCUCUGCCGAUGUGACAACCACUUUGUAUCGAAACUUGGCCCAUUGUGCCCCAGAAGUGAAGAACUGCGUUGAUGCCUGUAAUUUCAUCUCAGCCAGUACAAAGGAGCAGAAUGCCAUUGGGGCCGAAAUGGAGAACUGGGUGAUGAUUGGGAAGGUGCUGGACGUCCUGUGUUUUUGGGUGGCACUCCCCCUCUUCGUGGUGGGGACUCUCGCCAUUUUCCUUAUGGGACAUUUUAAUACCGCACCGGAUCAUCCUUUUGCUGGUGACAACCGUCUCUACGAGCCAUAAUCUAGGAUGAUGGGAAUCCAGAUGAUCUGCUGGGUGAGCUCCAGGACGUGACAAUCAGGCCUCACUGGGACCAUCUGAACGCCGCUCCGGCCGCCAUAUUGUUUUCCAUACAGCGCUCAGAGAUCCAGUGUCAAUAAAAUGUAUAUUUGUAG